AUGGAUCUUACACACCAGAUCCCUUUAGCAGCCGGACUGCUCACAGUGCUUGCUUCAUCUGUCACUCCCACGCCGACUGUCCUCUCAACCGCCAGUCCUUCCUGGUCUCACGCCCUCCCCACUCUAACACCAUCCCCCGGAAACGAUAAUGGCGACGAACGAGGUCCUUACGCGUGGUCCUCUCUGAUUGGUAUCGUCACCGCCCUCAUAGGAAAUGUGCUGAUCUCGCUGGCCCUCAAUAUCCAACGUUAUGCUCAUAUUCAGAUCGGUAAGGAAUGGGAACAUGAAAAGUUACGCAAGGAAUUAGAUUGGAAGCGCGCACAACACGGCCAGGCGGCUACAGUCCCUUACGGAGCCGUUGACGAUAUCGACCAACCCCAAGCGACAGGACGUCAUAGUGCAGAUGGAGACGAAUCAACCGGCCGAUCUGGACGGAACUUUUAUCUGCAGGAUGAGAACACAAACCAAGAGGACCAGUUGAAUGAUUCGGUGCUGUCAGACCAGACUGUGAGGCCUGAAAACGAGUUGCGCCAUGGAAACCGCAAGUCGUAUCUUCGAUCUCCAUACUGGUGGGCUGGGAUAGUACUCAUGACUAUUGGUGAGAUUGGAAAUUUCAUGGCAUAUGGGUUUGCCCCUGCGUCGAUUGUUUCUCCCUUGGGUGUGGCUGCUUUGAUUUCGAAUUGUGUCAUUGCACCUUGUUUGCUGAAAGAAAAGUUUCGGACUCGGGAUUUUUGGGGCGUUGUCAUCGCUAUUACUGGAGCCGUGGUGGUUGUGCUGAGUGCCAAGUCAUCAGAAGAGAAGAUUGGACCACAUGAUAUCUGGGUAAUGAUUACGCGCUGGGAAUUUGAGCUUUACCUAGGCCUUACUGCUACCCUGAUUGUGGUUCUGAUGUGGGCAAGUGGCAAAUACGGGUCACGGACUAUUCUCAUUGACGUUGGGUUGGUUGGACUGUUCGGUGGGUACACUGCUCUCUCGACGAAAGGCGUUUCGUCCCUGCUGUCAGGCACUUGGUGGCAUGUGAUCACCUUUCCUAUUACAUAUCUUUUGAUCUUUGUCCUUGUUUUCAGUGCCUUGAUGCAAAUUCGAUAUAUCAACCGAGCUCUCCAACGGUUUGACUCCACUCAAGUUAUUCCAACACAGUUCGUUUUAUUCACGCUGUCUGUCAUCACCGGCAGUGCUGUUCUAUACAGAGAUUUCCGAUCCUUUACCCCUAGCCGCGCGACAAAGUUCGUGGGAGGCUGCCUCUUGACUUUUCUGGGAGUGUACUUCAUCACUAGUGGACGGGUUCGCGCUGAUGACGAGUCCUCCUACUCUGCCGAGGAUGAGGAAGAAGCUAUUGGCCUCUUAUCUGGAGAAAGGUACCAGGAUAGUGUUGACCUUUCGCCUCCUCCUCCUCGUCAUUCCCGGGUGAAUAACCGAGUGCGGCCAAGAUCACCGGAGCUCUCCAACGGUGGGCUUCAGUCCCCAUCUGGGUCUCUCCUCAGUCGGGAUAUUGAAGAUGUUGAUGAAAAUCAAGCCACACCACGAGUAGCAUUAUCUGCCGCAUCUGCCUCCCCUGUUGGCUCUUUCGCUGCCGAAUCGCUUUCCGAACCAUCUCCUGGCUCUUAUUCAUCCUCUAGAGCACAAUCACUUCUGAGGAACCCGUGGGCUGAGUCUCUAGAAGAGACCCCGAAAACCACCCAGUCCAUUGACCCUAUUAAACGGCCUGUCACACCUCCAGGACAAGGACUCAAAGCAGCCAGCUCAUCUAUGUUGCUUCGAUUCCCUCCAGCUCCGGGUGCGGACGAGGCUAGUGCAUUAAUUCCGACGGGGACGGAGAGUACAGCCGCGCAUCUUCCGCACCACACUGUGCCCCAGACCCCACCAAGGAGGGCACGAAAUUCCAUUUCCUCACGCUUUUCCCCAGGCCCUUUACUCCCUACUCUUUCAGCAGGGUUCAGUGCCGUUAUCGCCGAGUCGCUUCUUCGUGGUGAAGUGAGUCCAGCCAAGGAGCGGAGGACUCCACGGCGGCCCGGCCGGAAGAAGCUUCUGAGUACCACAGUGAUAGAGAAUAUCCCUCGUAAUCCAGAAGGCCAAGGGGAUAGCCAUGGGCUGAACGCCAACCCUUGGAAUAGGGACGAUUCUCGGCUCUCCCUGGCCGCUGCUCGACUCAACUCAACUGGUGAUCUGGCCACUGCGCCUGUGAGCACCGGGGAAUUGACACCUAGCGUUGCGCCCGAGGACAUACGUCGAAAUCACUCCGAUGGUAUUACCACAGUCUCGCGACUCCGCAGCCUAAGUGACUCGUGGAGCAGGGGCUUCUCGUGGCUGGGCGGCGCUCUGCACAGGCAGAACGCUAGCCAGAAGGCACCUGAGAAUGUACCCACAGAUGAGCAUCGUGCCAGUGUGCAAGUGGAUAGGGAUGAUCACAGGGGGCUGUAA